AUGUCUCCCCUCGUCUGGCUCGUUACAGGAUGCUCCUCCGGAUUUGGCCGGGUCUUCGUGGAGCAGAUUCUCGCUCGUGGAGACCGAGUCAUUGCAACCGCGCGCCGAGCCGAAAGCAUAGAAGAUCUGAGCAGCGCCGGAGCCGCCGUCUUGCAGCUUGAUGUGACAAGCGACCAGGAUAAUCUCAACCAGACAAUGGCAAAGGCAAUUGCAAUGUACGGUCAUAUUGAUGUGCUGGUGAACAACGCCGCUUAUGUUGCUGUUGGAGCCUGGGAAAAUGUCCCUGAUGAAGAUUUCCGUGCAAAUUUUGAUACGAACGUUUUCGGUGUUUUCAAAGUCACCAAGGCUCUUCUGCCUCAUUUUCGACAGAGGAGGUCAGGGACGACUGUCUUCAUUAGCUCCCGAUCAGGGUGGUAUGGUGACCCAUUGGUUGGUCCAUACUCAGGAACCAAGUUUGCCCUGGAAGGUCAGAUACCUCGUAAGUUCCUCGAGUGCAGUCGAUUGACCUUUGCAGGCCUCGUCGAGAGUCUCUGGAGGGAGACCGAGCCCCUAGGCCUCAGGACUCUUCUGAUUGAGCCCGGCCGGUUUCGAACGUUGCUACUCUCCAGCUCGAAUCUGAAAGUCGCGCAGUCCAGUAUUCCUGAGUACAUAGGGCGAUCGGAGGACUUACGGAAAAUGCUCGCUACGGAGGAUCGGGCGCAACCCGGGGAUGUCCAAAAAGGAGUAUCCAUUAUUUUGGACCUUGUCAGAGCAGAGGGCGUCGCCGCAGGAACGAAGAUCCCUUUUCGACUACCCCUUGGUACAGAUUGCUACGAGACAAUCAAGGAAAAAUGCGAGGAGACCCUAAGACUUCUGGAUGAGUGGAAGGGUGUUAUUAAUAGCACGAAUUAUGCUAGUUGCUAG